GGGAUGAUCAUAGUCUUUGACAGGUUGGAACAACGACACCUUUAGCUUUUCUUGUUUGUUCACGUACAACAUUCCCAAUAUAAAUAGUCAACCCAUGGUUUAAUUUCAUAAAGGUACCUGAGAGGCCAAAAAACAAUAAAGAAAGGAGUCUAAACCUGCGUCGACAUAGCCGCGGUCUCAUGGCAAAGAGGUAUACUUCAUAUUUUCUUGGUGCUUUUGUGUCGGUUGCAGUAACUUUGGCCCUGCUCCAGGCUGAGGCAGCAGCACCGGCUGUUUACAUAUUCGGAGACUCAACUCUUGAUGUUGGCACCAAUGUCUUCAUACCCGAGUGCCUCGCAAAGGCAGACGUCUAUUUCAAUGGUAUCGAUUUCCCUUACUCGGUGCCAACGGGGAGAUUCAGCAACGGCCUUAACACUGCUGAUGAAAUAGUGAGACUGUUGGGUUGGAAGAGGAGUCCACCACCUUUUCUCUACCUUCUCAAUGAUAAGUCGACUUUCAAGCAGAAUAUACUCCAGGGUGCCAACUUUGCUUCUGGAGGAUCGGGAAUUAUAAACACUACUGGACAGACACAAUUCAAUAGGGUUAUAUCCUUGGAGGACCAGAUUAAACAGUUUUCAACCGUUCGUUCGAAUAUCACAAACAUGACGGGUAGCGAUGCAGCAACUGAUAGGAUUCUUUCGAAAGCAUUCUUUCUUAUCAGCAUUGGAAGCAAUGACAUCCUUGAGUACCUGCUUAAUCUUACCACACCACCAAUGUCCAUCCCGGAGUUCAAUGUCACCCUGUUAUCCACAUACGAAAACCAUUUAAAGACUCUGUAUGACCUUGGAGCCCGAACGUUUGGCAUUUUAGCUGUUCCACCGAUUGGGUGCACCCCAUUUGCUCGCGCUGUUUUCACUCAAGAUGGUAGCUGUUUCGAACCAGCUGAACAGUUUGCACAAGCCUUCUAUGUAGAAGUAGCAGCCUUGUUAAAACAGUUUAGCUCUGCAGUCCAAGAUAUAAGGUAUUCACUGGGGAAUACGUAUUUGAUGACCACUACUAUGAUGGAAGAUAUGUUAGCCUUUGGUUUCAGGAACAUUGCAGCAGCUUGCUGUGGAAAUGGAACUUACAAAUGCAAUCAAACGGCCAGCUUCUGUGCAAAUCGCGACGAGUACUUAUUCUGGGACCAGUUUCAUCCAUCACAGAGAGCUUCCGAGUUGGCAGCCCUAACUCUAUUUGGUGCCUCAGAAUCGCUUGCGGCGCCCAUGAAUUUUAGUCAGUUGCUUGGGGUUAACGUUUAGUAGUAACUCCGCUGACAUUAUUCUCACAUGUUUGUAUCACUUUGUUUGUAACCACAAAGGAUAUAGAAUCUGGGAUGUUCCAUAUCGUCUUUUUCAAGCAUGAACCAAAUAGCCAUGGAUUAGACUUCUUUGUACUCACAAAGACCAUGACUAGAGGUUAUCAACCUUCUCAAUUUAAUAAUUGCAUGGGAUCCUAUGUAUUUUGCAAAUAAGUGUACGAUCAAUUUUAGUGAGGUACCAGCCGCUUUGUCAUCAUAUUACAAGUUCUUACAGUAUCUUUCUA